AUGACUUCUGGAGACAUUGAAAAUAUUAAAAUCGACAUUGAAGAGCCAAAUGAAGGCCAUGUGCCUCAGAUGCCAUUCUCCUGGUUCAAUGCCAUCCUAUUGGUUUUCUUCGGAUUCUCUUCUUGGAUCGCUAUUAACAGUCUCUGGGUAGAAUUACCAUUGUUAGUAAAUGUUCUUCCAGAGGGCUGGAACCUUCCUGCAUAUCUUUCAAUUCUUAUCCAGAUUGCAAAUAUCGGUCCCUUGGCUUAUGUGCUUUUUACACGUCUUUGCAAUGCUCUAGGUCACUAUAAAAGCGAUAACAUCUUCAAGCGACUUGUUCAGCCUCCUGAACGUCUUGCAAAUUACAGUAUUCUAAUUAUCGGUGUGAUUGCUUGUCUCUUGUUGAUGAAAUACUGGGAUGCUGUUGUAAUGAUGACUGGUUUGCCUGCAAAUGCUGUUUAUGGUCGACCUGUCACACCAGAGGCCUUGCAUAACCACAGUCUUGGUCUCUUUUUGCUCACCUUCUUUUUGGGUAUGAUCGAUUGUAUGUCAAGUGUAACCUUCUUGGCGUACUUGGCUAAUAUUCCAGCUGUAUAUGCUGGUGCUUUGCUCUUCGGUGAAACCGCUUCAGGUCUUCUGCCCAGUCUCUAUGCCCUUGGUCAAGGAGUUAACUCGGAGUACAAGUGUGUAAAUGGAACGGCAAUCUAUUCAGACCCUCGAUUUGGAGUGUCAACUUUCAUGGGUCUGGUUGCAGGCACAACCGGGCUUAGUUUGCUGGCCUUCAUCCUGUUGGACUGCUUGCCCUCUGGUUUGGGUAGAUCAGUGACACUUGCCUAUCAACGCCAUCACUCAGUUCCUACUUCAAAUGAGCAGGCUAAUCAGCAGCAGGCUACCAAUCAAUCGAGUAAUUCUAAAGCUCUCUGCUGGGUUUGCUUUGUGCUGAUGGGCUAUGCAAGUUGCUUAACCAACGGCCUGUUACCUUCUCUGCAGUCCUUCUCAACAGCUGCUUAUAGCUCUAAUACCUUCCACUUAGCUGUCACGUUAUCUGGUAUAGCAGCACCAAUUGUUGCUUUAGUAACCACUGCUAUCUAUGGUUAUGAUCAACUUGGUCUCUGUGUUCGUUCAAUCCUUCGCUGCCUCUGUCGUUCUACUAGUGACUCCGAAGGUGAGAACAAUGAAAAGCAGUCAGCUAUGGCAUCAAUUGUUGGCGGUCGCUUGGCUGUGACAUUGACAGCGAUCGGUGUCAUGGGUAGUGUAUUUGCCUGCUAUGCUAUUUAUUUGGCCAAAGCAUCGCCUAACCCACCUGAAAUCUACGGAGGUGGCCCUGCAAUAGCUGUUUUGACAUGGGUAAUGUUGGCAGUCACUUUUGGUGUACAAAAGACGUGGAUCACUCUUCAUAUGGUGAAGUAUGGUAGUCAGAGAAAUCUGCGGAAUCUUGGUAUUGCCACCCAAAUUGGAGCUUUUAUGGGAUCGUUGAUUAGUUUCCUCCUCACAGCCAAGUUAAAUUUAUUCACCUCAAAGAAUCCAUGCUCUUAA